UCCUGAGCUGAGGACGGUGCGCAGGUGUGCGCAUGCGCGUGAUCAGUACCUUUCUUCUCUGUUAUUGUUAUUAACGUUGGCGGAAUAAAUUUACACAUACACACCGCGGACUGUACAGCUUUCAGGGUUGAUCCAGUGGAUUCAGACGCAAAAGUGUGUGUGGCUUGGAGUGACUGCACACAGAGGCAGUAUGAGGGAGUGUGUUCCCUCCAAAAGCUGAUUAUUAGAGUGUGUGUUUGUGUAGUGUCAAGCCCCUCCGGUGUAACUGAGUGCGUUCAGCAUGUCAGUGUCGAGCAGUGACGCGUGUCUCAGCAUUGUGCACAGUCUGAUGUGCCAUCGGCAGGGUGGUGAGAGCGAGAGCUUCAGUAAAAGAGCCAUCGAGAGUCUGGUGAAGAAACUGAAAGAGAAAAAAGAUGAACUCGACUCUCUGAUCACCGCUGUCACAACCAACGGAGCUCAUCCCAGCAAGUGUGUUACUAUACAGCGCACACUUGAUGGGAGACUACAGGUUGCCGGUCGUAAAGGCUUUCCCCAUGUGAUCUAUGCACGGUUAUGGCGGUGGCCCGAUCUCCAUAAGAACGAGUUGAAACAUGUGAAAUACUGCCAGUAUGCCUUUGACCUGAAGUGUGACAGUGUGUGUGUAAACCCCUACCACUAUGAGAGAGUGGCAUCACCUGGUAUAGAUCUGUCUGGACUGAAUCUGGGUGGAACAGUUCCCAGUGCCGGACUUAUAGUUAAGGAGGAAUUUGACCCUCAGCCGUCUCACUCCAGCUCUGAUGGGCCACACAGUCUUCAGACUAUCCAGCAUCAGCCUGCCCCCUCUCACUCUGCUCCACCCACUUCCACACGCCCACCUCUCCCUGAGACGUUCAGCAGCCCUGCUCUUAUGCCACCACCUGAGGCAGCCAGCUCAGCCCCCAGCCCUGCUUUCUCCAGCUUGGCUCCUACUCCAGCCUCAGCCAGUGGCUCAUGGCCAAGAGGAAGUGCCUUUCCGACAAAUCUGGCCAAUCCGAGCGGAGCUUUGCAGCACCAUCCACCUCAAUACUGGCCUGUACAUAAUGAACUGAUCUUCCAGCCCCCGAUAUCUACACACCCAGCUCCAGAUUACUGGUGUUCUAUAGCAUAUUUUGAGAUGGAUGUUCAGGUGGGCGAGACAUUUAAGGUGCCAUCUUCAUGUCCAGUGGUGACAGUGGACGGUUAUGUGGAUCCAUCAGGAGGAGAUCGGUUCUGCCUGGGCCAGCUCAGCAAUGUUCACCGCACCGAGGCCAUCGAGAGAGCGAGGUUACACAUUGGUAAAGGUGUACAGUUGGAGUGUAAGGGUGAGGGUGAUGUUUGGGUGCGAUGUCUUAGCGACCAUGCUGUGUUUGUCCAGAGUUAUUAUCUGGAUCGUGAAGCAGGUCGUGCACCAGGUGAUGCUGUCCACAAAAUAUACCCCAGUGCUUACAUCAAGGUGUUUGAUCUGAGGCAGUGCCAUCGACAGAUGCAGCAGCAGGCAGCCACCGCUCAGGCUGCAGCAGCAGCUCAGGCUGCAGCAGUUGCAGGAAACAUACCAGGACCAGGAUCAGUGGGAGGGAUAGCACCAGCAAUCAGUCUGUCUGCAGCUGCAGGUAUCGGGGUGGAUGAUCUGCGUCGGUUGUGUAUUUUGCGCAUGAGUUUUGUUAAAGGUUGGGGCCCUGAUUAUCCUCGUCAGAGCAUCAAAGAAACACCAUGUUGGAUUGAGAUUCAUUUACACAGAGCACUACAGCUGUUGGACGAAGUUCUGCACACCAUGCCUAUAGCAGACCCUCAACCACUUGACUGACCUUUGAGCCUGAGCGAUCCUGACCCCAAACACUCAACUCCUCACCUCAGAAUGACCCCACCAUGACUUCACCAAUCAACUGAACUUUAGUUCCCUAAUUGACCUUGGACUUCAGUUGGCUCUCUACAACUAUCAAGACAUUUGUCCCUUGGCAUUGUGUAGCUCAGUAUGUAACAUGAAACUCCAGGCAGAGGGGCGCUGCAGCACAUGAAGGAAACUCGAAGGUGUUAAAGUGUGUUUGAUCACAGGUGUACUUUGAGGUGUGUAUGAGGAGCAGUGAUUAGCAAACCUUGUUGAUUCAUUGACAUAUGACUUCACUCUCAUUCAACCUAAUAACAGAUUAACACCAUUAACCUUUGUUAGCACCUGUUAGCACAAACACACAGAGAUCAUCUCACACACAUCACUGUGAUGAAAGCACAGGAACUGCAGGAACCGAAUCAGAACCAGUGAGGAAGCGGGCGGAUCUCCUGAAACACUACCAGACCUUGGAGCAGUUCUCCAAACACAAACUGCAGGAUCACAGCUUCUCUCUAGAUUAGUUUUCUAAAGUACAUGAUAAACAGAAGCAUUAGCUAUGGUGAAUCACAGGAAAAACUGUACUGAGCACAGACCAGGCAAUGGCACAUGUAACCUGUACAACGUGCUACAAAUCUUGCUCUAAACAUCACAGUAAAUAAAAAAACAGUAAUCUGUACGUGUUGGUGUAGCAUAAAACCAUGUUAGAGUAAUGACUUUGUAAUAAAGUCACAAUAAACAUCAGCCAGUGUU